AUCCUUUCCUUUCUGAUCCAUUUGUCAAGAACCAACUCAGUUCACUGCAACCAAUUCCUUUCCUUUCUCAUAAAGAAUCACUUGUUUGUUGUUUUGAUCAUGGCAGCAGCCCUAGUAGGUGGUGCACUCCUUUCUUCCUUCCUUAACGUUCUUUUUGAGAGGCUGGCUACCCGUGAAUUUGUAAACUUCAUCCGUGGAAAGAAAGCUGACAAGUGGCUUCAAAAGAUGAAGAACCAGCUGCUAGUCGUUAAAGUUGUGCUUGAUGAUGCUGAGAAGAAACAAAUCACAGACUCCAAUAUCAAAGAGUGGCUCGAUCUUCUCAGUGAUGUUGUCUACGAGGUGGACGACAUACUUGAUGAAGUUUCUACUAAAGCUGCUACUCAAAAGAAGGUAAGUUAUUCCUUUUGUGACCUUUUUAAAAAGAAAAAAAUUGUUAGUAAGUUGGAAGACAUUGUUGGAAGAUUAGAUGACAUUUUAAAACAAAAGGAGAGUCUCGGUUUGAAGCUGAAUGAAGCGGAGAACGAUCAGCCACCGGAACCUCAGCCAACAUCACUGGAAGGUAGAUAUGGUAUGUACGGUAGGGAUGAAGACAAGGAGGCCAUAAUGAAGUUGGUGUCAGAGGAUAGCAGUGAUAGUGAAGCAGUGUCUGUGAUCUCUAUUGUAGGCAUGCCUGGGGUUGGAAAAACAACUUUGGCACGAUCUGUGUAUAACGAUGACAAAUUGACUCAGAUAUUUGAUUUAAAGGCAUGGGUUCGUGUUUCUGAUAGAUUUGACAUUGUGAAGGUCACAAAAGCUAUGCUAGAGGAAAUUACUCAAAAGCCUUGUACAUUGAGUGAUCUGAACUCAAUUCAACAUGACUUGUUGGACAAACUGAAGGGUAAGAGAUUCUUGAUUGUCUUAGAUGAUGUUUGGAUCGAGGAUUGUGAUGUCUGGAGUAGUCUUACAAAACCAUUUCUAAGUGGGAUUAGGGGAAGCAAAGUUCUUGUCACAACUCGCAAUGAAAGUGUAGCGGCUGGAGUCCCUUUUCAUAGUGCUAAAUAUGAUCUAAAGAUAUUGUUAGAUGAAGAUUGUUGGUUGGUGUUUGAAAGCAUUGCAUUUCCUCUGUCAGAAGUCAGUGAGAAUAGAGGAACUCUAGAAAAUAUUGGAAAAAAGAUUGUUCAAAAGUGCGAUGGGUUGCCGUUAGCUGCACAAUCACUUGGAGGAAUGUUGAGAAGAAAGCACGAUAUUAGGGAUUGGAAUAAUGUACUUGAAAGUGACAUUUGGGCACUUCCUGGAAGUAUCAUUCCAGCUCUCAGAAUCAGUUAUAAUCAUCUCCCUCCACAUUUAAAACGGUGUUUUGUGUAUUGCUCCCUUUACCCCAAAGAUUUUGAAUUUAGAAAAGAUGAACUGAUCCUGCUGUGGAUGGCUGAAGAUCUUAUAAAAACACCAAGAAAAGGAAAGACUUUAGAAGAAGUUGGCCACGACUAUUUUGACGAUUUGGUUUCAAGAUCGUUUUUCCAAUGUUCAACUUAUCAGGCUUUGGGUAAAUAUUUUGGUAAUCGUUAUGGUAAUUGUUUUGUGAUGCAUGACCUCAUGCAUGAUCUAGCAACUUUCCUUGGCGGGGAAUUCUAUUUCAGAGCAAAUGAACUUGGAAAAGAAACCAAAAUAGAUAUAAAGACUCGUCAUUUGUCGUUUAGAAGAUUCAGUGAUCCUGUCUCGGAUAUUGAGGUUUUUGAUACAGUCAAGUUUCUAAGAACUUUCUUGCCGAUCAAUUAUGAAGAUUCUCCAUUCAACAACGAGAAGGCACCAUGUAUUAUAGUGUCCAUGCUUAAGUACUUGAGAGUUUUAUCAUUUCGUGCAUUCCAAAGUCAGCUUUAUCUGCCUGAUUCAAUAGGUGAAUUGAUCCAUUUGCGUUAUUUAAAUCUCUCUAGUACAAGCAUAGCAGCACUUCCGGAGUCAUUGUGUAAUUUGUACAAUCUACAGACUUUAAAGUUGUAUGGUUGCUCAAAUCUGACUAAGUUGCCAAGAGCCAUGCAAAAUCUGGUAAACUUGCGUCAUCUUAUAAUUCUUAAUACUCCCAUAGAAGAGAUGCCUCAUAGAAUGGGGAAACUAAAUCAAUUACACAACUUGGAUUGCUAUACUGUGGGCAAGCAUAAAGAGAAUAGCAUCAAAGAACUGGGAGGACUUCCAAAUCUCCAUGGUUGGUUUUGUGUUCAGAAAUUAGAGAAUGUCACUACAGGUGAAGAAGCACUAGAGGCAAGGAUAAUGGAUAAGAAGCAUAUUUACCAUUUAUCCUUGGAAUGGUCUGAGCGUAAUGACAAUAGCAUCGACUUCCAAAUUGAAUUAGAUGUACUCGGUAAGUUACAACCUCACCAAAACCUGGAAUCGCUUUCAAUAAACGGUUAUCAAGGAACACGAUUUCCCGAAUGGAUGAGAAACUUUUCCAUCCCAAAUAUAACCAAUCUAUAUUUAACAAAUUGUAGCAAUUGUUCCAAGCUUCCUUCACUUGGCCAACUACCAUCUCUCAAGCUCCUCCGUAUUUCAGAGAUGAAUUCAGUGAAGACUAUUGAUGCAUCCUUUUAUAAGGAAGAUUGUUCAUCUCUGACGCCCUUUCCCGCCCUUCAAUCUCUACACAUUGUUCGCAUGCCUUAUUGGGAGGUGUGGAGUUCCUUUGUUUCAGAAGCUUUUCCUGUGCUUAAUGAUCUUCUUAUAAGUGAGUGCCCCAAUCUAAGGGGAGAUUUUCCAGAUCACCUUCCUGCUCUGCAGACACUCGUCGUUACAAAUUGCGACCUUCUUGUCUCUUCUGUACAAAGGGCUCCCACCCUUCGAACAUUAGAGAUAUAUAAAACCAACAAAAUAGUGUUUCAUGAGUUUCCUCUUUUGGUAGAGACCAUAGAGAUAGAAGGAAGGCCAAUGGUGGAGUCCAUGAUGGAGGUAAUCACCAGCAUCCAACUUCCUUGCCUCCAUUACUUGUCAUUACAGGAUUGUUCGUUAGCCCUGUCUUUUCCUGGUGAUUGUCUUCCAGCAUCGUUGAAAACUCUUGAUAUCAGUGGUUUAAGCAAUCUCAAGUUCCCGAUGUUACACAAACACAAAUUACUGGAAUCACUGUCAAUAAAUAACAGUUGUGAUUCGCUCAAGUCUCUUCCACUGGUUAACUUUCCAAAUCUUAUUAGUCUUCAAAUCAGAAACUGUGAAAAUUUGGAAUCUCUUCUGAUCUUAAGGUCAGAGUCGUUGAAGAGUCUUAAUUCUUUUGAGCUUGGGGACUGCCCCAACUUUGCGUCAUUCCCAGAAGAAGGAUUUUCUGCGCCCAAUUUGACUCGUUUCAGUGUUUAUGGUUGUGUUAAGUUGAAUUCAUUGCCCUACCAGAUGGAAACUCAUCUCCCAAAGAUGGAAUAUCUUAGCAUAUCCAACUGCCAACAAAUUGAGGGGUUUCCUGAAGAGGGUAUGCCACCUAACUUGACAACAGUUAAGAUAAGGAAUUGUGAGAAACUACUUAGCAGCCUAGAAUGGAUAUCGAUGGUCAUGGUUACCUCUCUCAAAGUCUGUGGUCCAUGUGAUGGCAUGAACUCCUUCCCAAAGGAGGGUUUGCUACUUCCCUCCCUCACCUCUCUGCAUCUAUGUGAUUUCUCAAGUCUAGAGACAUUGGACUGCAAGGGCAUUCUCCAUCUCACGUUGCUACAAGAAUUGCACAUUGAAAAUUGUCAAAAGUUAGAGAAUAUCGUGGGAGAAAGGCUGCCUGUCUCUCUGAUAAAAUUAAGAAUAGAGGGAUGUCCCUUGCUGCAAAAACUAUGCCACAGAAAGCACCGUAAAAUUUGGCCUAAAAUCUGCCAUGUUCGUGGGAUAAACAUUGACGGUAGAUGGAUUUAGGGAGCAAGGAUGAUGAGAAGG